AUGACCUCUUCUAAAAAUAAUUCUUCUUCAACCGAUUCUUUUGAUGUCUUAGAAAAUGAAUUUGACAAAGCUUUUGUUGACUUGGAUGUUUUGAUUGGGGAAAUUGAACAGGAAAACUCUGAAUUAUCUUUUGAAUGUCGCCGCCGUUUAACGCGUAUUAGCGGUAUUUUUGUUCAAUUUGUUCAUAAAGUUGCGAUUAUGAAUCAGCGGAAUUGUGAGCUUGAGAAAGAACUUCAAAAUUCCAACAAUAAAUUAAUUGGAUUAUUAGCCACAAAUUCAUUAUUAGAAGAACAGUCAGAACAACUUCUUUUGCGUGUUCAUUCACUUUCAUGUCAACUUUACUCAAAAACAGCUCCACACGAAUCAGAAAUUAUUAAAAAGAAAUUGGAUAAAGAAAUGAGAAUGUUUAACACAAAAAAUUUACCAAUUACAAAAUCACAAGCUGAAAUUUCUUUAUUAAAAGAAGAAAAUCUUAAAUUAAAAAGUCUUCUAAAUUCGGUUCAUUCCGAAAUUUAUGGGGCUCGUUUAGCUGCUAAAUAUUUGGAUAAAGAAUUGGCUGGACGUAUUCAACAAAUUCAAUUAUUGGGGCGUAAUAUGCGAGGUUCUCAAUACGAUAGUCUUUGGAAUCGUUUAGAAUCUGAAAUUCAUUUGAAUAGACACAAAACUUUUGUUAAGACUUGCUACGUUCCAGACGUCAAAGAUUUUUUGAGGCAUCAAAAGCCAACAACUUCAAAAAAUAAAAAUUCUUCUUUUAAUUCCAAUAAAAAAUGCUUGCCAAUAUUCCCCCUUUUGUCGCCUUGUUCCCCUUCGUCUUCUAAUAAUUCUAAGACUUCUACGUGCAACAGUUUGUGUGAACAACAUUUUGAAAGGGUGAAUUUUUUAAAUUAUUUUUAUUUUGUAAAUUUAAAAGAAUUUUGA